AUGCCUCUUCCACCUCCAGACAACCUGCCACCCAGUCCAGCACGCGACGAGAUUCGUCAACGCAUCAGCGAGAUCGAGGCCGGAGCCGUCGAUGGGCUGACAUCCGCUCUGGAAGACGAGCGGCGGGCCCUGUACACCAAGUGGAACAGCACGCUUCCCAUUCAAACCCGUCUGCCCAUCGAGCUCCUCCUCCGUGUCUUCGCCGCCUGCUUCCAGCCCGCUCGCCCCGUCGAUGACGAUCCCAAACGGACCCACAGACGGCGCAAGGUGCUCCUCCUCGUCUGUCGGGCGUGGCGCGAUCUCAUCGAGUCUGCGCCUGAUCUAUGGACUUUCAUCACCACACACAUGCCCCGACGACUCUACGAGCUCGUCCUGUCCCGCUGCAAGCAUGCCACGCUGGAUAUCUCCUUCGACCGGGAGUCGGAAUGGUUAUUUGGGGGUGUCCCUCUCUCCCCCGACCUCGCACCUCUCAUCCUUCCCGAAGAAGACGUUCCGGAAAAAGGCGAUGAUGAAGACGAGGAGAGCCAGACGGGCGAUGACGAGUUCGUUGACGAGUGGAUUGUCCCCGAUGAUGAGGGUAAAUCGUCCUGGUCGGAGGCUGCCGGGAUAGCCAUCGUCGCUCACUCGCACAGGAUCCGCACUCUAUCGUUAUCAGACGAUGGCGCUCGCCACCCCCGCAAGUAUUCGAUGUCGUUUCUCCAAGCCCUCUUCUGCGAUAGAGCCUGGCCCGCUCUCGAAGCGUUGUGCGUCGAAGAUGCCGGAGCGGUGAAGGGUAUUCUCUGCGUCACCUCGAACUUCUUCCCGAACCUUCAGCACCUCCAGCUUGAAGGCGUGAUGUUCCCCAUUGAGCCGACGAUGUUUCCUCGCUUCAGGUCGCUUGACCUCAGCGGUGCAAGGACUCGGUGGCUACCCCUCGAAGACCUUCUCAUCUGUCUCUCCUCGGCCCAUUACCUUGAAGAACUGUCGCUGGCUGUGGAUGGUCCUAUAAUCAGCAACUCACACGAGGUGGCUCAUCCACCCCAACUUCGUCUUCCCUUAGAGCUACCGCAUCUGUCCUCUCUGGGAAUCGGUUCCAACAGUAACGACGAGAUGGUGUUGCUCCUUCGCGCCUUCCCUCUCAUCAGGUCCCCUACUGCUCUCGACUUUCUGUACAUUUCCAACGAUGACUGGCGCCAACCUCCCCCAAACACGAACUCAGGCCGCGGUCUCAGCAUCGUGGAUGCCUUCUUCCCGACUCGCGCACCUGACACGACACCCAUUCCCAUCCCCCCUUCCGUGCGCAAUCUGUACAUCUAUCUUCCCAUGGAGAUCACGGGGUUUUCCACCACCGAUCGGUACAGUGGAAAACCUGAGAAAGUCAGACUGUUCACGUGGAGGGCCGAGCCAUUCGACGACCACGUCGACGAGGAGGGACCGCAGAACCUCUACGGUCUAUCUAACGCCAUCGACGACGUCCUCAUUUUGUUCCGGCACAUCCCCCUCACCCAGCUCACGUUCAUCGCCCACGGCCCGUUGCACCCUGCCGACAACCGGUGGGACGAGCUCUUCCGCGCGUUCCCCGCGCUUGAGUACCUCUACGUCGUCGGAGACGGGACUCCCAUUGCCAUCCUCCAUGCGCUCACUCCUUCACCCUUAGACGACUCACCUGCGCCCUGUACGGCCCUGGAAAGCUUGACGUACAUGAUCAACAAGCCGAAUGUGGAAGAUACGAAGGCAACCUUCGAGGCUACAAUUGAAUGCCUCCGGGCUCGUGCGGCACGAGGGAUGCAUCCUCUGCGGGAGCUGGAGAUAAAUGUGGACCUGCCGAGGACGCGUGAGGAGCGGGAACCCCCGGUCGAUGUCGAGCCGUACCUGGCGCAGCUGCGCGAGAUGGUGUCGGGCGAGUUCGAGUUCUUGGAUUCGCUUUUCACCGUCGUGCUCACGGCCACAGACCACUCUCCCUUUUCCCGGCCGUCCACCACUGUUCCCCCGCAUACACCCACCUGGAAACCUGCCUCCUCCACUGUCAUCAGCGCAGCAGAUCCGCCACUCUCCUCCUCUCUGUCUCUGUACAUCAAACCAACCAUGAAUCGGUCUCAACCACAACAGUCAUCGUCCCGCAUCCUCAAGCGCAAACGAGACGACUCGCUCGAGCCUUCAGGCUCUUCCGGAGAUGCCCAAACCACCAUCGACAUCCUUCACAACGACGACGACCCACCUUCCGACGCUGAUACGGAGAUCAUCGAGCCCGAGAAGUCAAACGAGGAGUGCAUUGCCGCCGCGGUCGAGGCGGGAGUCAAGGUGCGCGACUACGCCUACCAACGCCCUAAGAACCCCGUCGCCCCUGCGCCCGAGAUCUGGUGGUCGCCCCUCUCCACCCUCAUAGCGUACGACCGGUACCUCCGCCUGUCCGCUGGCUAUUGCCUGCCCGAGAUGGUCCCCACUGGCAAGGUCCUCUACCACCUCCGCGCCGCCGGCUGGAUCUCGGCCGCAGAGGCUGACUGGAACUGGUCCAAGGCGGACAAGGAGCGCGUCGCCGCAUACGCCGACCGCCCGCAAGGCCCUUACUCCGUCGUCAUCCCCGCACACAUCAAGCGUCCGACGCGCGCGUACCGCGCCGCGCUCCUCCGCGCGAUCCACCACCCGAGCCAGGACGACGUCCCGGAGAAGCAGAUCUACAUUCCCGAGGACGAGCCCGACAUGGACGACGGCCCGCCGCGCGUGUCCGCAUUCCAGUUCGCGCGGCUAUCCCUCGUUCCGCGCGCCGCACUCGACGUGGGGCCGUCCGCCCCUUCCACCGCGCAAAUUCGCCCGGCGUACCGCACCCACAAACGCCGCCGCAUCAGCGGGCCCAUUCUCAGCAUGCCCAUCCUCCCCUCCACUCGCGACGGGACCACGACGGCGCCGGCGGAGCUCCAAGUGGCUUUCGCUUCUUCCUCAUCGCCUGAUGGCGGUUCCCUGGGCAGGAGUGCCAGUCUCUCGUCGAUGCGCUCGGACACGCCCCCGGUCGAAGACCUCCCUGCCCCGGCGCCCGCACCAGUGAGACGCACCCUUGGCCGGACCAAGACCCUCGCGAGUAUAUCCGUACGGUAG